AUGCCAGUGGGCAGUAAGGUUACCGAUUUAUCGGAUGAUGAUGACAAUGGGCCUUUAGUGCCUGUGGCUUCGCCUUCUGCUUCUUCGACAGCAGCAGUUGGUUCCACGCCUGCUGUGGAGCGGACGGAUGCUGAUGCUGCGAGGCCUUCAAUCAAGAAGCCAGCGGCUGCUGUAAAGCCGACCCCAGGCUCUGCAAAGAAGCGUCCCGCUGCUGCUGCUGCACUUUUUGGAGCAGAGCAGUCGGAGACCGAUGCCGAGGAGACCCAUGAACCAGCUCCAAUAGUCCUGCCCAAACCUGAGAAGAAAGCGAAGGCAAAGUCGGGUCCCAAGUCCAAGCCUAAGGCGGGACGGAAGGAGGCGACUGCUGCUGAAGCAGUUCCAGACCCAGUGUCUGAAGCCGAGCCAAUGGUUGGAAAGAGACCGGCUAGCAGAAUGAAGCGGCCCGCGGCAAGUGGCAAGGUUGUUGACAACUUGGGCACAGUGCCGGAAUCUGACGUGAUCAACCUCAAGGCUGAGAAGUACAUGUACCAUGGCGAGAAGAAGUGGGGCAUCAGACGCACCAACCGUCGGACCAAGGAGCGCAAUGAGCUGGUGACGGCUUCUUUGCUGACGGAGGGAGGGUCGGGCCGUUCUGCAGCUGCUGCUGCAGCAGCAGAUGAGGGUGCAGGCGCUGAGAUGGACGCUGCAGCAGAUGCAGAGCAGAAUGAAGAGGAAGUGCCGAAGGAAGAGGAUGAAAGUGUUACUGUUCCGGAUGUCGACUGA